UUAACCCAGAGAACGUAGUUGUCCGACUUAUCUCUCCUACCUCAAUAAGGGUGUCAUGGCGGCCUCCAGAAAAUUAUGGAAGUGAAAUCACGCGAUAUAUCAUCGAUGUUAUGACAGAGGAUGGGGACAAAAUAGGGCAGCAUAUAAUCGAAGUCGACAACCCAGUGAAAAACCAUUACACAUACGAAAUAGAAAAUCUGCCUUCUGAGGCGAAAUUGAAUGUUAACAUAAAAGCCAAAAGAAAGGGAUAUUACAGUGAUUCUGUACAGAGAGAAAUAUCAACGUAUGAAGAAAAUAUAGCCGACCGGAAUCAUAUGAGAAGAAAAAUAGAGACAUCAGAUGGCGAGCGCGGAAUUGUAUCACCUAUGCCAUAUCAUAUGGGAGACAAAACUAGAGGUUUUGCUUUAAUCAUUGUAAACCUUAAUAACCCGGCAGGUGAAGAAGAUGCAGAUUACAUGAAAAGUCUUUUCAAGGAUCAUCUGAAUUUCAAAGUUGCUACUCACCUGAAUUUAGAAGCAUCAAAAAUGAAAUCAGCCGUUCAACACUAUGCUGAACAAGAGUCCUACCAUGAUAUAUUUGUCUGUGUGUUUGCUUGUUCAGGAAAUCUGGGAGUGUUGUAUGGCUCUGAUGGAAAACGAAGUGUACCAAUAGAGGAUUUGCUACGACCCCUCAGUGAAAGUAGAGGGUUACAAGAUAAACCUAAAAUUGUCUUAAUAGAUGCUUGUCAAGGAGUGGAAGAACAUUUCGAAAUCCAUGCAACACCAUUAGCUCCACAUUCAAUCAAAAUAUCUUGGUCUCAGCACAAAGUUGGUGAGGGAGAUGAAGUAAGAUACAUGGUUUACUAUAGAGUAUCCGGAGGAGGAGAACGGUUCGAAGAAAUCACAGAACACAAUUCUCUGAUACUUAGAGACCUUCAAGACAAUACGGCAUAUAGAAUUAUUGUUGUUCCACUAUGGAAGUUUCGAUCUCUUUCGGGAAAAUGGAAAGAGGUCAAAGGUACACCAUCUCAAGAAAUUGAAUGCUCUACAUUUGAAAAAGAUUCAUUUCAGCCAAGGCAUAUUAAUGCUGUUUCAAUGAAUCCAUAUAGCAUUGAUGUGUCAUGGAUUGGACCUAAAUAUUUUGAAAAUAUAAAGAAUUAUAUAAUAUUUUUUCGUGGAUCACGGAUAACAGUCAGUCCGUCGCCAGAUACACUGAACUAUUUUACACAACUUCAUCACUUGCUACCAGACACUGAAUACAAAUUAAAAGUAGUAGCUGUCUUAAAAAACGGACAGCGAGAUGAAGUGGAAUUAUUUGCCCACACGAAAAAGAAAGAGAACAUGCAACCAAAGCAAAUCGAUUGUUUUGUGAUUUCACCCACACAGGUGUGUGUAAGAUGGAAACCACCAGACGGGAAACACAAACAUUUAUUAACAAAAUACAAAGUUCGGUGGGGUGAAAGUGCUAGAAACUAUAAAGAGAUUGACACUGAAUACGCUUCGUGUAUUUUACGGGACUUAAAUGUAAAUACAGAAUAUACAAUACAAGUUAAUGUUGUAACAAAGAAAGGCAAGUUUGAUAUACCAAUAGAAGUGAAGGAGCCUGCAAGAACAACCAUUCGAACGACUACUCCUGGAUCCACAUAUAUUCCAAAAGAACCAGAUUUCUUAAUUGGCAUAUCUACGAUACCACGUUUUGGGAGUUACUUAGACCAAGAAAAAGGUUCAAAGUAUCUUUCGGCAAUCAAACAUCACUUUGAAGACAAUCCGAGGCUUGUAAGGAGAGAUAUAACAACAGUUCUUCAAGAAGCAAAUACCAUGGUUAACACAGAUGAGAACACCACAGUCAGACAGGUGGCUUUGUUAUACUCAACACUGACAGGACCUAUAUACUUUAAUUCCUGACAUGCAGAAUUGAAAGCAAUUCACAUCACAUUACAAAACUUGUACGUGACUAUCUUAAAUUCCAACUGAAGAGUGUAACGUCAACAUUUUUUUUAUGAAUGAAACGUCUGAUUCGGGAUUAGAACUCAAGACUAGCAUUCUCUUUAUGAGUAAACAACAUGGAUUUAGAUUUACAAUUCUAUUUGAACUUUGAAGAUGAUACACUAAACAACUGCGAGCAUGUGAAUUAUAUCAUAACGUAUAUUUUGAAUGUUUAUAUAUUAUUAAGAUACAUUCUGAUGCGAUAU